AUGGCUACCGCAGAGCCUGCCCCAUCCUGGUGGAAGCUGACCUUUACGCGUAAAAAGAAAUCAGAGCCAAAGGUGUUGUAUGAAAUCCCAGCGGAACACGACAGCAACGCCGGAGAGCCACCCGGCACAACCGAUCCAGCUGCUGACAGCCAGUUCAACGCCCGCUUAGAGCGCAUCGUGGACAAGACGGCAACGAAGGGCCGCCACGUCAAAGUGUCACAUUCGGGGCGUUUUAAAGAGAAGAAGAGGAUCCGAUCUACGCUAGCUGAGAACCCAGAGCUUUUUCCUGAGACUACGAGUGAGAGUAAUAAAACGGAUAAAUAA